AAGAGAAAGAAAAUGGUGAAAAUGUGCCCUAAGGUUGUUAAAAUAUAGGAGCUCACGUCUAAGGUUUUAGGAGGAAAUUAGAAAUUACUCAUGUUGUGUAAGAAUGUAAACGUCUCAAGAAAUACUCAAAACGAUCAUUUUAUAUACAUAUGUAUUUUAAAUUACAACAUUCUGGCUACAUAUAAAGUUGUAAAAUAAACAUAUAGUCUCACUUUCACUCACUAACAGUUGGUUUCGCCUUUGGAAACUGGCUGUUUCCUGUGUGAGCCGGUUACAGCAGGAGGCGGCCUCUUAUCUGAAGCUGGAAAAUAUAAUAACAUUUCCACUUGUACGUUUGAUAACAUGAGAAACAAAACAACUAGUUUUGGCCAUGAGGCGACACCGCCUGAGGAAUCCCUGUUUGUAGUUGCGGGGAGGAAACUCACCAUAUAUGGGCAGUGACGUCAGCCCCACGUGCCUUGAGUUCGUGAGAGAUUCCAGACAACACUAUUUCCCGUAAAGUGCGGAGGGGCGUGGCAAACCAAUUCUCCGGCUUUAAGGGUUUACAACCUGACAAUUACUCCCAGACUUCCGAUUCUACAUGGAUGACUAGGAAGCGGGAGGUGCGGCUUGGACAACUUUCGGACGUUUUAACUCGAUUUAAUCAAAAGUCAAACACUUUUUCUUUUCCUUGCUCCCCUUCGGAUUGAACUCGUUUGGACUCUACCGACUUACGGCAAUACAGUGGGCUUGCCCCCAGUGUUUGAAUUAACCCACAAGACUCAUCCCGAAAGCUACGAUCUAAAGGUUAUAUAUACACACACAACCGAGGUUAGGUUCGGUUGCCGUUUCACAGAAAACCGGAGAGGAUGUAUCGAAACUUUGGGAGUCAAGGGAGAGGCAACCCGGCGUACGGAGGCAACUUGUCCGGGUCAAACUCCGCAUCACUGGGAAGCACCAGCACGUCCACCACGCAGCAGGAGCAGAAAUUUACAAUGGCAGGCAGCAGCCACUUUGUCCCAAGCCUGAAUGCCAUCACGACAAACCAGGACCUCCAGUGGCUGGUCCAGCCCUCACUCAUGCAUCCUCCAGGACCUUCGCGCUCACCGGUACCACCUUACCCAUCCAUUGUGGGGGCCGGGCCGAUGGGUCCGCCGCCUUCCCAGUCCCAUCUCAUCAGACCCGGGGUCAUAAGGGCAGCUGCUAAUACCCCACCGUCCACAAGGCGCAGGAAUGAUGAGCAGUUGUCACUUGAAGAAAUGGAAAGACGCAGGGUGAGAAGGGAAAGGAAUAAAAUGGCAGCAGCAAAAUGUCGCAAUCGCCGCCGUGAGCUGACUGACUCAUUGCAAAAUGAAACCGAUCAGCUGGAAGACGAGAAGUCACGUCUGCAGAAAGAAAUAGCUGAACUGCAGAAGGAGAAGGAGAAGCUCGAGUUGGUCCUGGAAGCCCACCGUCCCAUCUGCAAGAUAGACGACUCUGAUUCCGAUUCUGAUUCCACGCCUUCGCUUUCCUCUUUGGGAGCCAUCAAACUGGAACCAGAGGAAUCCAUCAUUCCAGGACCCUCCACGAAAAAGCCAGAGAAGCCCAAACCGAAGAUAAUAAUCCCGGCCAAACCAGUGGUGUCCACCGCAUCGGUCGUCGCCUCUGAGUCCGAGUCGCUCCACACACCGGUCCUCAUAUCGACGCCGUCCCUCCUGUCUUUCUCCGCCGGCAUGGUUUUCACAUAUCCAUCUUCCAUGUCAGAAGCAGCAGCGCCCGGCGCGUCCCACCAGGCCUUGCACCCUCCGGCCCAGCAGCCCUGCGGAGUCGCCCAUCGGCGCAGCAGCAGCGGCGACCAGUCGGAUCACUCCCUGCACUCGCCGACCAUUCUCACCCUGUGAUCACCCGGCGAAACACUACAGCUGGUUCCGGUUCCAGCCCAAACGCGGGAUCUCUGAGAAACGCUGAUGGAAACAAGGACGAUGACUGUUUUAGGCAUUUCAAGACUAUCAGCUGCUUCGUUAUUUAAUCUCUGAUCUCAGCUGAUAAGGCCUCGGGCACACGUAGCCGGGUUUUUAUAAAAACGAAUAUCUCCCCUACACCGAUUGUAAAACACAAAUAUCGCACACGGAACUGGAUCUCUCGAUCAGUUCCAGAAAAAUUUCAAUCACAUGAACCCAAACAAAUAUACAACAGUACGAAGGAGUAUCAGGGCCACACCAAGACUAAGUCUGUUACUACAACUUUACUCUCUAUAAUAAGAUUUUAUCCUUUUAAUUUUAUGACUUUAUUCUCGUAAUUUAAACUUUUUUUUUCUUAUCCUGGCUCUAACAUUCGUCGUACAAAUACACUCUUAAGCUUGUUUUAAACAUGCCAAACCCAUAGGGUGCAGUGUAGCUCAAAGCUAAAGUCCAUGUCAGCUAAUCAGGUUGCUUCAAAACAACCACGACUUCCUGUUAGGAUUUAAACAUAGCGCCAAGAGGUUCAUUUGUGUGGAUAUAAUUUUAACUACUUUGAAACAGUGUAUAUUUAUUUUAUAUAAAUAUACAUGAUAAAAUACAGGCCAAUGUUGAUUGGGAAUCAUGUCAAACCAGGUUUGUGGAUAUAUUGCUGCAUUAUUUCCUCAAAUCUCCACUCUGGUUGGCUGAAAGGCCAAAAUGUCUAAAAAUGUUUUGGUUUUCCCAGAUAUCCGGCUACAUGUGAACUGGACCUUGGAUGGCAUGAAAAUCUGUGGCAUUAUCAGAAUUUGAAUGUUACACUCUUAGUUUUUUUUUACAUAAAGUUGAUAUAUUCUCUACUUUUUUAAGCUAUAAGAUGAAAUGAAUGUUUUUUUUUAUUGGGGAAAAACUGCAUGCACUAUGUAUAAAAGAAAAUAUACUCUAACAGAAAAAACUCAGGCUCUCUAAAAGAAUAACAUGAGAACUGAGUUAAUGCAAGAAUAAUAACUAUAUUUUUAUCUUUUUUUUACUUUGUGGAAGUUGUUAAUGACCAAUGGUGUGCUCAUAACUACCAGCCUUACUGUGCGUGUGGAUCCUUUUAGACUACAGAUAUUUAUACAGUUUAUUGACAACUAAGGCUGGACCGUAGGAGUUGAUAUAGAAUAGAUUAUAUAAUCAUCUAUUUAUUAGAGUUUUUAGAGUGUAAUAUAUUUUUGGUAAUGUUUAGAUUUUCCUGUUUUGGUGGGCAGUGCCUUAUUGUUAUUUUUAUAUUCAGACUUGUACGAAGUCACAGAGAAUAAAGAAGAAAAGUCUGCAUGAAAAAUUGUGUGAUUUUGUUUAGUUUGAUUAUAAUGCAGAUAUUAAUGACAGAGUGAUAUGGAUGCAAAGUUUCAUCAAAAUAGUUUGUGGUAUUUACUGUGAUUUUUUUUUUUAUUACUACACAAAAUUCAACGCAGCUAAAGUCUUCUGUCAUCAGAUUAGUUGCAGCACUGACUGCUAUCGGAGAUCCUUCCUAUCCAAAGCAUCACCAUCUGCAGACGACUCUUUAAAGAUAUGAUGAGUUACGACAUUUAACUUCCACUUGGGAUGAUGAGAAAAAAGUGUUUCCGUUGCAGUUUUGCGAAAUAAAACGAUUUCUAUACAGCUACAAAAACAUCAUUCUAGAGCCAAAUCUUUUGAUCACAAAAUGAGUUUUGAUGAAAUUUUAAGUGAAUUUAUUUUCAAAAUGUGGAAUUAUGCAGCUAGUUUUAGCACAAGAGUUACUUUGUGAUACUUUCCAGCUCCAGUGUGUAUAAAAAAAUUAAAAUUUAGUAAAAUGAGCAGCAAUGUGUCAGUUUAGUUCUAAAAAUCAAGUAUGAUCAUUCGAUGCAAGUCAACUGCAACUACUUGCAUAGAAUUUAAACAGUAUUUAUCAGUCUGGCAGCUGAUUUUUUUUUAAUUACAUUUGCUUUUUUUGCUGUAUUUUAACUUCACAUAGUUCGGGUCUUAAUAAGUCAAAAUGCACUGAUUGUGGAAAUACUUUCCAGAAUAGUGGCAGACAAUUUAGCUAAUGAGAACGAUCAAUUCUGGCAUUGAUUAGGUAAAUGCAUUUAGACUUUUGCUGAUGGCCGUUUCCUGACCCCGAACUCUCAUUUCUCAAAAACUGAAGCCAGAGUCUUGCUUAUUCAUCAACAUCUUUGAUCGGAGCUGCAAAAUGAGAUUAGGGAGGCAGAGUCAGACCGAAAGCUCCAGAGUGGAAGGAGAAAAUAAAUAUAAAAAUCAGUGUUUGUGCCGCUGUAGAAUGACGUGUGUGGAUCACUAAGAGGGCACAAGCAUCAACAGCCCUCUUGAGCCAAACCGAGAUCCAAAAAUAAAACCGAUGAACAUUCAUGAACUGUUCCUGCGUGACAAACAGGGCGCAUCAAUCAAGUGAGGAGCAGAAAUCAAUCACCUAUUCUGUGUCGUGAACAUGUAAACAUGAGUUCAAACUCAGAAGAAAAGGUCAGAACAGCAGAGGGAGUCAAUAUCGACUGUAUUUAAAGCUCUUCAGUGCACUACGAGCAUAGCCCACCAAUAAACAACUGACGACAAAAUAAAUCUUCUCUAAUCCAUGUGCAUCUAUCUACGGUUUAAACCCAAAAA